AUGAGGCGUGACGUAGUUAGAAGGUUUGCCACCGAGUCUGGCAAAUUCCCUCCCAGAAUGGUGUUGAUCAAGGCGUGCAGAUGGGUGCGGACCAGUGCAUUGGUGAUCGCCGCGUCGCGCAGAUGUUCAAAUGUCAUCCCCGACGGCCCGGCCCCUAUUCCAUUUUCGCAUCUGCCCAACAUUUUGGCGAAGUCUGCGAGGGGGAUUGAAAGUGUUGACCCCCGUGGCGAUUCGCUAGCGACUGGCCUUGGGCGGGCUGCUGCUGUCUCACCCGUUCCUGCCUCUGGCGUGCCCGUUGCGCCGCGUGCUGCUGUCCCUGGCGCGCAUGCUCCAGCCUCUGCCUUGUCCCCGAAGGCGGCAUCCACCACCACUGGCGGCCCGUCCCCGUCGGUUGCGCCCUUGGCGCCCGCUGUGAUGCCGGUUGCCCCGGCGGGUCAGCCGUCGCGCCCCCCCUCGCCUGACCGCCGCUCGUCUCGCCCACAUUCUCUUGCGCUCCACCAGGAGCGGGCGUCGUCACGGCGUGAUUCACUGGGGCGCUACCACCAGCAGCCUCACUGGCCUGCUCACUCCGGUGGCCAUGGGGGCUGGAGGGGUCCCUGUGGGCGUGGUGGCGGUGGGGCAUACCGCCCGCCCGUGAUAAUGGCGGAUCUUCAGCGGGAGGUGUCGAGGGCCGUGCGCGAGGAGAGGGCGGCGCAGAGCCAGAGCAAUUUACUGCGGGCCGCGCCGGCGCAUGUGGCUCCUCGUCAGGCUGUGCUUCCCGUGAACCUUCCGUUGGCUUCUGCACUUCCUCCUCCUGUCCUUGCCCCAUCGGCUCCUGCUCCUGCUGCCUCAGCUGCUGCUCCUGGUUCUCGUCUUCGCCUGCCGCCCGUUCCGUCGGUGGCGGGGGUGGAGUUCGUUGCCGCUGGUGGCGGAGCGGCGGGGGGGCAGCACACUCCUUAUCUUGCUGCUGACGAGCCGCUUCCAUUCUUGGCGGUGGCACUUCAGCCCCCGCAGACCCGUGUUCCUGAGGCGACGCUUGGCCAGCUACACCGUCUUGCGGAGAGCCUUCACGCGCUGCUGUUGAUUCAGGUGCUGGCUCACUCGUCCCUCCCUGCGAUCCCUGCUGACGCGUUUCAUGACCGGCCGCGCGAGACUUGCCUGGACGCGGCGGACCAGCUCGCACAGCUGCUGGCGCCCGCGUUGGCUGCGCCUGCAGAGGGUGGCGCUGCGGCUGUGGGACAGCUUGACGAGGCUGUCCGGGGCUUGAGGCGACACUUGCACGUAGGAUCUGGAGCCGCGGCGAUCGGCGCAAGUACGCUGAUGGUCCGUGAGCUGUGGCAGACUUUGACGGGCAUUCUCCAUGGCCUUGGAGCUCACCGGAUGUAG